AUGGCGCAAUUGGCGCACCGGAGGAGCAGCGGCAUCAUCAGCCUGGCUUUUAACCAGGAGCAAGACUGCUUCGCGUGCUGCCUGAAGACCGGUUUGCGAAUAUAUAAUGUCGAGCCACUUGUUGAACUAUCCAAUUUUACCCUGGAGGAGGUCGGCGAGGUGUUACUGUGCGAGAUGAUAGAGCGCACCAACUGGCUACUUUACGUGAAUGCUCGCCGCCCCUGCAAACUGAUGGCGUUCAAUGCCCGAGAAAACUGCUUGAUGGCGGAAGUUAGCUUCAAAGCACCAAUCAGAGCCAUCAAAGCAAGGAAAGACAAAGUGGCAGUAGUACUAAACUCCACGAUCCAGGUGCUGGCGAUACCAAACCUUAAUCGAGUGGCUUUGAUGCGGAUCCCGACAGGCUGCCGACCGCUAUGCACGAUAGCCACCGAUGCCACGGCCCCACAGCUUUUAGCUGCACCGGCACACCGCAAAGGAUGUGUGCAGAUAAUCGACGUAUCGCGAGUGGUAAGGGGUGCCCAUUCCUCGUCUCCCGCUGUGAUGAAUUGCCACCAGAAUGACCUGGUGUGCCUAAGUUUAUCCCCUAACGGGACUCGACUAGCCACUGCGUCUGAACGGGGCACCAUCAUCCGCGUGUUCGACACUGGAACUAAGACCCCGUUGCAUGAACUGCGACGAGGCUCCGACUAUGCCGAUGUUUUUUGUAUAAACUUCAACGCCACAGGCACAUUAAUCUGUUGUGUGUCGGACAAAGGCACUAUGCAUGUAUGGAGCGCGCGCGGUGCUUGGACCCACCUCGCCGCAGCGAAGGCGUUCCCUGACACACGCGCCCAAUGCGGCUUCGUCAAUGAUAACACCGCCAUCAUGAUCUGUGAAGACGGUUCCUACCACAAGUUCACGUUUGCUUCCGAGGGAAACUGUCACCGCACCGACUUCGACAUGUUUCUUCAGGUGGGCGACGACAACGAACUUCUCCUAUGA